UGUUUUUUGACAAAAAAUGACUAUGUAUAUAAAGCUCUUGUUACUGGGGAUCGUAGGGCUCGCCUACACUCACCCGAGUGUAGAAUGCCCUACGGAUGGCAAGCAAUACCUCCUACCUCAUGAAUAUGACUGCUCCAAGUUCUAUACUUGUGUGCAAGGAAGGAAGCAGGAUCUAGCGUAUAACUGUCCAGUGAAUACGUUCUUUUCUUUUGAGAAACAGCGAUGCGACGCUACUCAAUGCAAUCCUGGUGUGGAAAAUUCAGGAAAUUAUAACGGAUUACCGUUAGUAAACUAUAAUAACAACGGAAUCAAUAACAACGGAAACAAUAACAACGGAGACAAUAACAACGGAAACAAUAACAACGGAAACAAUAACAAGGGAGACAAUAACGACGGAAACUAUAACAUCGGAAACAAUAACAGCGGAAACAAUAACAUCGGAAACUAUAACAGCGGGGACAAUAACAAAGGAGACAAUAACAUCGGAAACUAUAACAACGGAAACAAUAACGGCGGAAACAAUAACAUCGGAAACAAUAACAAAGGAAACAAUAACAUCGGAGACAAUAACAACGGAAACAAUAACAAAGGAAACAAUAACAACGGAGACAAUCACGUCGGAGACAAUAACCCUUAGCUACCUACCUCUGUUUUCUGUCACUCAACUACCUACUAGGAGUCUCUCAGACUCCUGCAUUUAGAAGCCCUACAAAAAAAAAACUAUGACUUGAGGUCAGAAAUUAAAAUCGACAACUAUAUUUUUAUAUUUGUAUAUUUAUAUUUAAAUUAUAAAACGUUGGAACAUUUGCAUUACUUAUUCUAUAAACUCAGUUUCUUUCUAGACUUCCAAAAAAAAAAACUGCAACUGAGUUCCUGCUCCUAGUUGCUGCUAUAAAACCUAUCCUAUGUCCUUCCUCAAGUCUCAAGCUAUAUCUGUACUAAAUUUGAAGUAAAUCCAUGCAAUACUUUGUGAGAUUAGCCCGGACAAACAGACAAAAAUUCUAAAAACUAUAUUUUUGGCUUCGGUAUGU